AUGCAGAUUCCGUGUCCGGAUGAGACAACGGCUACGACGAUCCAGCAGGUGCUCUGGGUCGAUCGCGAGCUGCGGCCGCAGGACGUCGUCAAGACGGCGCAGGUGCACCAGACGCCCAGCGGGUGUGUGCUGGACGUGCACAUCCGAGCGACGACGCUGCGGCACUUGCGCCUUUCGCUAAAUGCAUUCUUGGAAGAUACCGCGCUGGUUGUGCGCACGAUGGAUGCGUUCCAGACGACACGCAAGGACGCAGAGAGUGUGACCGACGCUGACGGCCCACUCGAGCAGGGCUCCGUCGGUCGUGCAGGCUGA